GAGACGUUUGUUUUGGUUAGACUUUGAUAUCAAGCAGCGAGCUGUUUGUUUUGGUUAGACUUUGAUAUCAAGCGGCGAGCUGUUUGUUUUGGUUAGACUUUGAUAUCAAGCGGCGAGCCGUUUGUUACUAUGAAGCUGUCUCUGCUAGCACUCACACUAACGGUACUGGGUACACAGUUUUCAGGAUCUUUGACUCUACAUACACUAGACGAAUACUGCGCCAGAAAGCUGCCUGAUAACGAGCGAGUCAUCCCGAAAUUAAGUGUUUACCAGGUUAUCAAGUUCUGCAGUGACCCCACCGGCUACACUGAAUGUCUACUGGCGAGACGAAGCCAAACCCAACAGGACGAGACGUCAGCCGUUAAACUCUUCGAAAAACAAUUUCCUAACCCGUAUGACCUGGAGAGUGCGGCCUACCUCUUCUGUACACAGGGGACAUUUCCGUUGAUCGAGUUUCUAAGAGAGGACUUCAAGCUCAGGUCUGACUGUGAAAAGGCCGCUGACACUCGGCAGUGUGAGAUCGACGCCACCUCAGCCGACAGACUUAAAGACCUGGAAGCAGCUUUUGCUGCCAACAAUCAGGCCGACAUUGAGAAACAUUCCUGCAAGCUGUCACUAGACUACAUGAAGUGCAUCCAUGCCCAGUACACCAAAUGUAACCCAAAAUACGACACGUUUUUCCUCUACAAGUUGGCUCGUCUUGGGCCGGUCUGCCUAUCUGAGCACAACUUCCUCAACAAGCUAGUGACCACAGACCAGUGCAAGAGUCAGUACUCAACCAGCGGAGGCGGAUCCUUUAGAACAGGGGUGUGGUCUUUCAGGACAUGGGCGUGGCUGGUGUUUGCAGCAGGCGUUCGGAGUGUUUACAAACAUAUCUUAACUUUGGCCACUUAAUUUUCGGCUCAGAUUGUAUGAAAUACGGCCACUUUAUUUUUUAGCCUAAUUGUUUGAAAUCUCGAUACAAUUUUUUUCGGCUAACACUGUAUCUAUUUAUUUCCCCUACUAUUUACUUAAAUCAAGCAUUUUAUUCUUGAAACGUUUGAAAAAAAAGUAGUCUUUAAAAUUGCUAAUAUGAGCAACUCGACUAUCAUUAACCCUAUCCUUAACCCUAUCCCUCAUCCAAACCCUUCCUGAUCCUUAUCCCUUUUUAUAACCCUAGCCUAUCCACAUCCCUGUGGAUUACAUGUAACCUGGGAUAUUUCUUGGUUGUUCAAUCCUAGAAGUAGAAGUUGUGGCUGAUAAUUGACUCAGCAAGAUCAAAUCAUCCACGCUAACAAACCACCACUACUGAUAUUCUUUAGCUACAUAUUUAAUAUUCCAAUUGUUGUUUUUAUUCUUACAGAGGUGGAGAACAAAAUAUUUUUUUAAAUCUCUUUGCUCCUGUUUGUUAUUCUCUUAUCUUUAAUUAAAAUAUAUUUCAACAGCCAGAAGUUUCUUUACGUCUUUUUUUUUUUGCUACGGCAAAUGGCGUUCGUAUAAAAU